AUGUUUGGAAUUCCAAUUGUUCAAUUGAGGUAAGUUGGUAGUUAAACUUUUCUGUUUUGUCACCACAGGUUAUUAGAGAAAGGAGUCAGUAUUGGGACUCUGCUGCUGGUGGCAGUUUUUCUCAUGGGUUCUUACGUCUACUUAGAGCUCAUUGACCAUGAAAUAGUUCAUCCAUAUAAAGGACUAAGUGACAGUGGAGCAUCAACACUUGCCCAAAAUACCCCUCAAAAGGUCUCCUUGUCAAGUUGUGAACGAAACAUGUCUGCUGCCAGCAUCCAAAGCUUCAGCUCACUUCCUGAACAUAUGCAAGACUACCUGUACUAUCAACACUGUCGACAUUUUCCCUUGCUCCUGGACCUUCCAAACAAAUGUGGAGGAGCUGAUCAAUCCUCUGAAGUCUUCCUUCUGCUGGUCAUCAAAAGUGGCCCAGAAAACCACGAACGCCGAGAAAUGCUUCGUAAGACCUGGGCCAAAGAGAGGAUACAGAGUGGAGUGUGGAUCAGACUGAUUUUCCUCAUAGGAACGACAGGCUCUGGUUUUGAGAGGAAAAGACUGAACAAAGUUGUUGAGCUGGAACACAGUCAGUACAAGGACAUACUUCAAUGGGACUUUACCGACACAUUCUGCAACCUCACCUUGAAGCAGGUAAUCUUCCUGGAGUGGUUUGAAAGAAACUGUCCAAAGGCACGCUUCCUGUUAGAUGGUGACGAUGAUGUUUUUGUGAACACAAAUAAUGUGGUCAAGUAUCUCCAAAGCCUGAAGGACAACGAUGGAAGCAAGCACCUUUUUGCUGGCUGUCAGACAGGGGGUGGGCCUUCUAGAGACUCAUGGAGCAAGUAUUUUGUUCCAGUUCAGUUGUAUGAGUCAAACGUGUACCCCCCCUAUUGUAGUGGUGGGGGCUUCAUAAUGUCUGGUUACACUGCUUCGGUCAUAUACAACAUGUCCAAGUCCAUCCCUCUGAUUCCUAUUGAUGAUGUUUACAUGGGAAUGUGUCUAAAAAAAGCAGGACUUACUACCAGUUUACAUGGCGGGGUGAAAACAUUUGGACUGCACUUUCCCUCUGAACGUGUGGACGAUUAUGACCCUUGUUUUUAUAAAGAGCUUUUACUGGUCCACAGAUUUCUUUCAGAGAAAACAUAUUUUAUGUGGCACAGUGUAAAUGAUCCCAACCUCAAAUGCUUUGGUAAUGACAAAAAGUGA